UAUGCCGCCAUCUUGGUUUCUCUCAAUAAAGACUUUUUAAAAAAUGGCAUACUGUGGUGUUUGUCUGCCCCGGCUUGUAGUACCUUGUGUAAGAUCCCUGCUGAGUGAGAAAGUUCAAACACAAACCCCGCCAGUCCUCACAGGAAGUGAGGUUGCCACAGCUGAGCUGUCAGCAAGGGCGUCUGUGCCCCGGGAACUUCCUUCACAGGCGGUGGCGAGAAUGGCCCGGAGCCCAGCAGGGGUCGGUCCCAGUGGCCACAGGGAAUCGAAGCUAGGAGAGCCGGACUGCGUUUUCCGUGUCAUCAGCUUUUCAAGAUCUUGGACCAAUGUUUUCCUCUUUGGUCACUGGCCACUCCCCUGAGCUCUUGUCCUUGUUUCUGUUGAUAGAGCAGUCUUCUGCUCACCUGGAGGACGUGUGUGCUAAGGGCUAGGGCUGUGUGCUGGCGCCGUGUCUGUGCCCACGCCUUCACCAUGAAACUCCUUUCUCUCAACAGGCAGACCCCACGUGAAGCAGGGAAGGAGCGCGAUCAGGUGGCGGGGCAGCGAAUGUCAGCAUCCUGUGGACAGGAGCUUCCUAAGAUGCUGCUGAGGUAGCCAGGCCUCGAGUCGCCGUCCACGCAACAUGGGCUGCAUGAAGUCCAAGCAGGCUUUCCCGUUCCCCACCACCAUCGAGAGGUGUGAGCUGUGGGUGCCGUCACCAGUCACCAAGGAAGGGGAGGAAGUGGAGGAAGUGGUGGAGGUGGAGGUGGAGGUGCAGGAGGUACAGGAGGAGGUGCAGGAGGUGGAGAAGGUGGAGAAGGUGGAGGUGCAGGAGGUGAAGGAACCCGCAGGGCCCAAAAUCGUGGUGAGCCAGUUCGCGAACCGCCUGUCGCACGAGAUCCUGAGCGGCGCCCUGCAGCAGUGGGUGGACAGCAACGCCAAGUACGCGGACAUCCCGUUCAUCGAGAGCGAGGGCCUCUGCGCGGCCCAGCGGUGACGCCGGUGCGGCUGCGGGCAGAGUCGGUGCUAGUUUACUUACGUGAACCAGAGCAAAGCGUUGUAUGAAUAAACACAUGUGACUCCA